UCAUCAGGUUCCCUCUGGGAUACGCAAACCACAUGCACCUCCAAUAAUAAUUAAAUAUUAAAAUCCAGUAAGUACGGACUGGCACCGGCGCACCGCCGAACAUAAAUAAAAUUUUAAUAAUAAUUAACGACUUCCUUUUUUUUUCCCCAGCUCCCCCGCUUCGCUCUUCCCUUCCACAGUCCCGUCCCUCCCCGCUGCAAGCAAUCUAACCCCAAAAGGAAACAAAGGGGGGAAAGAGAGACCACCAUAUCGAUCUGACAGACUCCGAUUACUGACACUUCCAUUUGCGAUCGAUUUUGAUUCGACCGAGAGGAAAUCGUCCCAGCAUCCGGGUCGAAGCAAAAUCGAGAUGAAGGAUGACGAUUCUCUCCCAACAUCGACGGCGACGGUGAGUUUGAAGAAGGACACCUCCGAUUCGCUUCUCUUCGGGAAAGGCAGGUACAAGUUCUGGGCCUUGGCCGCCAUUCUGCUCUUGGCAUUGUGGUCCAUGUUCACCGGAACCGUCACCCUCCGGUGGUCCGCCGGCAACCUCAACCGCCUCUCCGACGACAUCGACACGCCUAUCCACGACGAUCUCGACGUCCUUGAAAUGGAGGAGAGGGAGAAGGUGGUGACGCAUAUGUGGGAUGUCUACACUAACAGCCGUAGGAUCAGAUUACCGAGGUUCUGGCAGGAGGCUUUCGAAGCGGCCUACGAGGACUUGACCAGCGACGUCCCUGGAGUCAGAGACGCUGCCAUCACCGAGAUUGCUAAGAUGUCUGUGCGAUCAAUUGAUCUUGAUCCGCCUCCUGUUCAAUCCACGAAUGCACGGGAAAUAAGCAAGAGUCUGAAGCUGAUGGCGAAAGGUGGAGCUGCUGCAAUGAAUUCCAAAGGAAUCCAUCGAUGAUCAGAAAAGAAUCGACAGUUCUUUCUCAGGGGAAAUGAACCUUCUUGCCCUUCUAUUUUCUCUACCAGCGAAUGAGUUCUUUCAACGAACUGAUGAAGGAGAAGUUUGUCGGAGUUGGUGAAGUAGCAUCGCACUAGUAGUUCUUCCUCCUGUUUACAGCGGAUGAAAGGAUCAUGUACUUAUUUAGGUUCUCAACUUCUCAUUCUACAGGAAGCUUAUGGAUAUAGAGAUAUUUCGGGAUAUCGAACACGACAUAUAUUACUGUUGCUCGAUUAGUAGAUCAAUCACUUUAGUAAGAAAUUUUGAUUCUUUUACCAUAUUAGAUUUGUUAUUAUAUGAAUCCCCCAGAGGGAAUGGAUUACUAUUCUGUUUCAAGUGUUUGAUACUGGUUGUAGAAAGGAUAUGGAAUUUGUGUGGAAUUUCAGAAUAGCA